UUUACUGCUGCCGGGUUGAAGCCUGAGAUCGGAAUUGUGUAAUUACAUUGUCAAAUUGUUGAUUACACGACACCAUAAUAAACGUUAUGAGUGGCAGAUCGUGCAGGAAGCAGGGUGGGGAGAUCAUACUGCGUCUUAGUUUCUAGUGUGGUAUGGGUGAGAGGUUUUAUUCAUUGAAAUUGGUUAAGAGUGUAUAUACACGAUUGACGGAAUACAUUGGGCUGGGACUUACAUAGUUUCUGCUGCUCUUGUACACGAAUCAGGCUCGCGGUCAUUCAAUUGACAUAACAGAGGUUAACCCAUGGUCGGUGGUUUUGCUUGCUGGUUUACCUGAUUAGAUUACAUGCCUUUGAUGGUUUCCUAAUCAUUCAGGAUCCGAUCGGUGCAGCCUGCCAGUGAGUUUAGCUAAUCGAAGAGGGUUGGAAAUGUCAGUGAUCAGAGAUUUCUGUGAUCCAUUGCCGCCCAGGGACAGAUAACACUGACAAAACCAGCUUCUCCUGAAGUUCUUAUUAAGGGAUCCAAAGCUCACAAGUCGCUUGGAUUUCGGUAUAAACAAGGGAUAGAAAUCAUUUUGUAUGAGAACCAUCAAGGAAACCAGUCGAAGUUCAGCAACUGACUCUUCAAUACUAACCAGUGAAUUAUUGUCGUGGCUUCCAAUCUGGGACGUGGGGAUUCGUAAAUGCUGUCAAAUGCAAGGAUGAGGCUGCUAUAGAUUGCAUUUGACUUUGCCAGCAGGAGGAGCAGGAGGAGGAGGAGGAGGAGGAGGACAUCGAUGCUUGCUUCUAUCGCUUACCCGUGUCUGUGCGAUUGAGAUUGAGCCCCAGUCCCUCCGGGGGGAAAAAAAAGCUGCCAGCCGCCGAGCGACGGAGAGAAGCAGCAGCAACAGCAGCCAGCAGCAGCAGCCCUCGCUCCGCCACUGAUCGGCAGCGGCCGCGGGGAGACGAGAGAGGGGGCGCGACUGAGAGGGGGAGAGGCAGCGCCGGCAGGCUUGCGACCGUCCAGCCCGGGGGCAAAGCGGGCGUCCCUCCUGCAAACCCAGCCACCAAACUCCCCGCGAACAGGCACAUCCACACAACAACACGGGAAAAAAUUUAUUUCAGAUCUAACAUGCACUAUACUGUAUAGAGAAACAGCUUACUGUAUCUCUCAGACACACACAGUUAGACUCACACAUACCACAACCAUCGGGGACGAGCUUACAGCGAACACCCCCACCCCGCCCCCUCAACCCCCCUCCCCUCAGCACCUCUCACACACCUGAAGAAAAGUCAACUCGAAACUCUCACAGCAUGCCGCGAAGGAAACAGCAAGUACCCAAGCGGGCAGCAGUUUAUGUCCCCGAAGAAGACUUAAAGACGGGAGAACUGAGAGAAGGAGAAGAUGGCAGCCCUUCUGCAGAGGAGUUACAAGGCAAUGGUUACAUGUGCACGGAGGAAGAGGAGGAGGAAGAGGAAGACAGCAAAGGCAGCUACAGUUACCAGAAUUCCCCAAUUAGUGCAAUGUCCAACCAAGAUGCAGAGUGCGAGUCGCACAUAAGUGAUACCAGUGAUAGGUUGGCUGAUUUUAAAAGCAUUUCUUCCCGGGACGGGCAAGAAAAGGAAGAACAGUCGAAUGGAGAGACGAAGAAUGGCCAACAGAACAGUUUGGGGGCAAUGAGAGCCGUUUAUGCUAGCUUUCUCUCCGAUUCGUAUUGGUCAAGUCUAGGCUUUGACCUCAAACAAUCAAAGGCUGAAAGGACGAGCUGCAAAAGCAGCAAUGAGAGCACCAAAAGUAGCUUUGAUUGGCACCAAGAUGCAUUAUCCAAAACAUUUCAACAGACCUCCUCUUGCAGACCCAUGCCGAAACCAAAUCUUUUCAGUUCGGUGCAGUUGUACAGGCAAAAUAACAAGUUGUUUGGGACUGUUUUCACAGGCGCCAGUAGGUUCCGCUGCAAAGAAUGCAGUGCAGCAUAUGACACUUUGGUAGAACUAACCGUGCACAUGAGUGACACAGGCCAUUACCAAGACAAUAACCACAAAAAAAAAGUGGACCACAACACCAGUUGGACAAAGUCACGGAAACGAGCCUUGCAGGAUAUGGAUGGUAUGCAUGAUGCCCAGAAAGUGUUAAAGUGCAUGUACUGUGGUCAUUCUUUUGAGUCCCUUCAAGAUUUGAGCGUUCAUAUGAUUAAAACAAAACAUUACCAGAAAGUGCCUCUGAAGGAACCAAUGCCACCAAUCGGAUCAAAGUUAGUCCCUCCCACUAAAAAGCGGGCCCAGCAUGAAGUCAAUCAGCCUUGUUCACCGGAUUCAACCACUGGAGUUGCAGGGACAUUCACAGGCGAAGCACACAAGAAUUCAAACCCCUACGUGUCGUCUAACAAUCGGUACGGUUAUCAAAAUGGUGCCAGCUACACCUGGCAAUUUGAAGCCUGCAAGUCGCAAAUUCUGAAGUGCAUGGAAUGCGGAAGCUCUCAUGAUACCCUGCAGCAACUCACAGCCCACAUGAUGGUGACGGGGCACUUCCUUAAGGUAACAAACUCUGCAUCGAAAAAGGGAAAGCAGAUUGUUUUUGACCCUUUGGCCAUGGACAAAGCACAGUCCAUCACAGAAGCGCCGUCAAACGAGAUCCAGCCUCUGGCACCAGUCAACAAAUUGCCGCCAGAUUCCUUAACUCCACCCGCGGUUGAAGAUAACAAAAGUGAAGAAAAGCACGAGAUAACAGAGAACGUGGAGAAAUCACCUCAAGACAAAGACGAUUGCAAGGGGGACAAUCCAGAGAAGAUGUUUGGUUCCACGCUUCAAUAUCAAUACAUAAGAGAAGAAGAUCUGGAGGAGAGCUCGAAGGGAGGUGGUGACAUUCUCAAGUCACUUGAAAACACUGUUGCUUCAGCCAUCAACAAAGCCCAAACUGGGAGUCCCAGCUGGAGUGCAUAUCCCAGCAUCCAUGCUGCCUACCAGCUUCCAGGAAUGAUUAAGCCUAUGCAACUUGGUACUCAGAUAUUGCAAGUUAAGCCAAACCUGAAACCUAUAGCUCCAAAAGUCAGGUAUUUCUCUGUAAUUACAAGCAGCCAAAACCAAGGGCUUCAGUCCAACAAUGACCAAAUCAAGGAGGAACCAAUUAGCCCGGUUCACGAACAGAUUUCAUCCAAGCUGGAAGAAAGCAAUAUCGAGAAAAAGGAUCCAAAGUUAAACCUCCAGUCUGCGCUGCUUUUGCCAUGUAAAAAGGAAAGUGAGAGCCCAAUAAAGUCAGAGACCCUCACUGAUCUCCCAAAGGCAGACUCGCCUUGUUUGAAAGAAGCUGAAGAAGUGAAGCAAAUCUUCAAGAACGAGCCUGUAAAGAGUGAAGCAGUAUCUCCAAACUUUUCUUUAACCAAUGGAUGUUCUGGACUAACAGUGAUCACAGAUCACCCAUCUGAACACCUUUCAGUCAGCCCACUUAGUGCACUGCAGUCGAUAAUGAAUACUCACCUUGGCAAAGCGGCCAAGCCCCUGACCUCAAACCUAGACCCUGUAACGAUGCUUUGUCGACUCAAUAAGAGCCUGCUGGAGAAAUCAGCUUCACCGCCAAGUUUAAUAAAGCCAUCCAAUAUUGCUAAUAGUUAUUACUACGAAAGCAGUGAUCAGCCAAUAGAUCUCACCAAAUCGAAGAGUGGCAAAGCCAUCCACUCAAACGCUGUCAAACCCUUUACUUCGUUACCUUCCAAACACGUGCUAUCUGAUAUUGCUGAUAUGGUAAAGGUCCUCCCAAAAGGUACGACACCAAAACCUUCUACCUCAUCAAAGAUGUCAGCGGAAAGGUUAGAGACCGACGUGAGGAGCUUUGAAGAUAUAUCAAUGGAUUUUUUACCAGUUCAGAAACGAAAAGGUAGGCAGUCAAACUGGAAUCCACAGCAUCUUCUUAUUCUGCAGGCCCAAUUUGCUGCCAGUCUGUGGCAAACAGGAGAAGGCAAAUAUUUAUUAUCUGAUCUAGGUCCACAAGACCGAAUGCAUAUUUCAAAGUUUACUGGACUCACCAUGACCACCAUAAGUCACUGGCUUGCCAAUGUAAAAUAUCAAUUGAGAAAGACAGGUGGAACGAAGUUCCUUAAGAACUUAGAUACAGGGCAUCCAAUUUUCUACUGCAAUGAUUGUGCCUCCCAGUUUAGGACUCCUUCCAGUUAUAUUGGUCAUUUGGAAUUCCAUUUGGGCUUCACUAUGAAAGAUAUGGCAAAGAUUUCUGUACAGCAUGCAAGAGGGGAGCAAGAAGUUUCAAAGGUGUCAUCUGAGAAGUCAGUGAGACCAACUGUAGCAGAUGAGGACACAGGCAGCAAGUUCCAGUGUAAUCUGUGCAAACGAACUUUUGCUAGCAAGCAUGCAGUAAAACUGCAUCUCAGCAAAACACAUGGGAAAUCACCAGAGAAUCAUUCGCAGUAUGUAACUGAAAUAGAGGAAGAGUAGCAUCUCCAGGGCAGAGAUAAAGAAUGAUCACAAUUUGCAGUCCAGCAUCCUUGUCCAGGCCCUCCCCUGCAUUUACUUCAGCUGCGACGUUGAACUCCAGUUGCUCUGACCACAAAGAGCACUCAACUCCUGCAAUUACUCUUCAUUCUCACUAACAAUUUGGUAAUGAAGUAUUGAUUUUCCAGCUCGAUUCCUAUGGAUGUUAUUAGAUUUUCAUUGAUAAACUGUGCUCGGGCUCUUGACUCCCUGCUGCUGCUCUGCGGCACAUAUAACAAAGUGUUCUUUAGGGGAUAAUGGCUGGGAACAUUGAUGUGUUUAUUUCGUCAAUUGGUUACUCCUGAUGGCAAAAAAAAGUACGAUUUUUCAAACUUUAAGCCCAAGUUUAAUGUAAAGAUACAAUCACAUUGGACACUAAUGUCUUUCCUGCUGAUGCUGACAUUGAAUUAUGGCUGAAUUGCCAGUGUGCCCCACAGCCCUCUCUUUAUGAGGGAAGCAGUUUUGUAACCAGUACAGUUGUCAAUGUUGCACCUGGGCUUCCCACCGCAGUCUUAACAGCACAAGGGAUCAAUCUGUCUAACUAAGAAGAAAAAGACUGAUGAAGCUGUGAACAAGAUACAGCCAGAGAAAAAAAAGUGUGUACGCUGUUCAUCAUCAACGGCAACAGUGCACAGGAUCAGCUUCGUAGUGGCUAGGAACAACACAAGACAUUUUUGCGACCAGGAAGAUCAGUCUGCUGCUGUCCUUGUUUAAAAAAUAGCCUUCACUGACAUCCUGCAUCACACCAAGUAUGAACCUACAGCUGAAGGAGAGAGAGAAAAAUGAUCACAACGGAGCGGACAACUGCAGUUCAAUCCUGAUAACUUCUUGUUUCUACAGUGUGAGUUUCAAUGGUAGAGAUUGGAGGCAAUGGGAAAUGCAUCUCCAUUUAUCCCUGAUAAAGUCGCAAGAGACAAAGAAUCAAAUGAAUGAUGUUGCAGCUAGGAGUUCAAUAAAUACCACUGGCGCACACAUCAGGUAUUCAGUUUAUUAAGCACUGCUGGACAAACAUAUCAGCUUUAUUAAUGUAAUUUGUAUUUUUAGAGAGUUCACCAACUUUUUUUUUUAUGAAGGCCAAUCAAUCAUUAUUGAAGUCAUUGUUAACCCAUUGUGGUAAUACAACUCCCCAAGUUACAAUUCAAUUGGUAUAGAGGAUGUGCAUCCAGUUUAUAGUGAAACAAUGGACAAUGGUCUGACUUCAUAAACGCAGGUCCCCUCAUUUUGUGAGUUCUGUCGAGAAAAAGGAGACACUUUCUCUUGCUUCAAUGCAUGCAGGCAUAUAUUCCAUUUGCACCACAUUUUACUAUUAACGAUAACUUUAAAUUUAGCUUUUUUCCAGUUUUAUCUGGUGUUGCUACAUACUAUGGUAUGAUCUCAAGUUGAAGGAAUAUACAGGCUGUACAAAUAAUGUCAAAAAAUCUUUAUAUACCUCCGUGCAUUCUUCAUUUAUUUUCACUGAUGGUCUAAGGAUUAAUUUAAGCCACAGGCCAAGAGGGGCUGAUCAAGAGUACAGAGAUUGUUUUCCUAUCCUAGUGACUUUUAAAAAUGCAUUUGCUAGUCUUUAUCUAAAUUCUGUCUUCAAAACAAAAUUGUUCUGCGGCUAAAAUGUCCUAUUGGAUGUGACUUCAAGCACCAGUUGGCCAAAAUGCUCACACAUCUUGCAAUUACAAAUCCAUAGUUUGCAUAGCCCGCAGAGAAACUAUUUUAAAUCCAUUCUCUCACAACGCUUAGUCUUUCAGUAAAUAAGCAACAAAUAUAUUGUAAGUUCCUCAUUGCUAAAGUUUCCCUUACCCAUCAAACAAUUUAUCUGAAAAUAUGUACGAGCCAAUCAAUACUAUCAUGUUCUCACUGUGGUCCAGGCCCAAAAUCCUGCUCUUGAUAUUGUCAGCCUCAAAGCUGUGAGUAGAUUGGUGACCUCUCAUAGAAACUAUCAAAUAAUGACAAUGGUGUGGUUUCUGCAAUAGAGGGUAAUCCACAGAGCCUCAGCUGAAAACUGAAAAUUCUAUUCCUGCAACUUCCUGGGAUUGUAAAGGCCAUGUAUGUUAAUUUAAGCCUUGUCCAUGUAUUUUAAACCUUGUGUAAUCCCAGGGCAUUUUAUGCCUGGUAUCAAUACAGUGCUCCCCCCUUUGCAUGUUAUUUUUCUUCACGUGCAGCUUUCAAUAUCAAUGUAAUCACAUCAUUUAAUUUUAUUUUGCAAGAAUUGCUGCUCUCUGAAUGUAGCCUCAAAGAUUUCACCUAGAGGGGAGCUCUUUAGUCAAGAUGAGGUUUUUCAGUCUAGAUUUUCAGGCAGAAGAAACCCUUGAAUAUUUAAGAGUGCAGAAUCAAAAUCUCCUUCUCACAAUCAUUUGGUCCGUGUUUCCUGCUGAAGUUUAUAACCUACACCACUACAUCUAUUCGAACCCCAUUCAUACGAGGAUCUAGGUCCCAGAUAAUGACCACUUUUUUUGCACUGGUGGUCUCUGCUCUUAAUUAAUCAGGAGCAACACUGCAACAUAUUAAGAUGUCACGCUAUGUUUCAAUAUAUUACAUUGCAUACUUCAUCACUAGCUAAUUUCACCACAUUGUUCUACGAUCAUAUUACCAGUCUUAACGUUCUUUUAGGAAAGAGAUGAGGUGAAAUUUCUUUAGUCAGAGGAUGGUUAAUCUGUGUGAAUUUUUUGCCACAGAAGGCUGUGGAGGCCAAGUCAGUGG